CAACCAUAGAUAAAAUUAUAACCCAAAAAAUUUGACGUAAACAUUUCUAAUCCUAUACAAACUUCUUUUCACUUUGUUAUCAUGAAUACGAAGAAUUAGGAAAAUGUUAAGGUCUUUGCGAUUGAAACGGUUGCUACAAUUCAAUGGAAAAACACUUUAUAAUGUUAGUAGGUUGUUAAGGUCUGAACCCACAAAGCUGACCACAGUCGAAAGCGAAAAUGAGUCCGAAGCAAAACUUGAGAAAAAAUCGAUGAGUAAAGCUAUGAAAGCUUAUUUAGAAAGAGCUCAAGCACACGACGAGUUCAUGAAACAACAAAAUUAUGAGUUUCAAAUUGGGAAACGUCACUUGGCAAAUAUGAUGGGUGAAAACCCGGAGACAUUCACGCAAGACGAUGUUGAUAGAGCCAUCGAAUAUCUUUUUCCCUCUGGGUUGUAUGAAAAACGAGCCAGACCAAUAAUGAAACCUCCAGAAGAAGUUUUCCCAAAACGCAAAGCUGCAGAGUUUGAUGAAACUGGAAGACCACAUCACUUCCUAUUUUACACAGGGAAGUCAAACUAUUUUAAUUUGCUCUAUGAUAUUGUGGAACACAUCAAUAACUUAAACAAGUACGAAGACAGUAUGCUGAAUAAAAACAGCUAUCCUGAUCCUAACACUAAACUACAAUUGGAUGGGUAUCAGUGGAUGGACAAGGAAGCUUUAGAAAAUGUACUUAUAGAAAAAAUAAUUGAUAAAGAAUACACUAACUUUGUUAAUGCAAUUGAAAGACUCUACAACCAUCCUUAUAGUUAUCGCAUAAAAGAAUUCAUUUUGAAAUAUAGAAAACCUUUAAUGAGCCAAAAGUCUACAUCAGAUUUGCCAAAAUUACAAUACGACAGUGAUGGAAGAAGCUAUGUGACAGUGUAUGAGUGUUUAAGAAAAAGAGCACGAGGGCAUGUAACCAUUCGUGCUCCAGGAAGUGGUAUAAUCAGCAUCAAUGGAAAAGAUCUUAUGUACUUUGAAGAUACACAACCCAGAGAACAAGUUAUUUUCCCUUUAAUUUUCACAAAAAUGCUGAAUAAGGUUGAUGUGGAAGCUUAUGUGGAAGGUGGAGGACCUUCUGGUCAAGCUGGCGCCAUUCGUUGGGGAAUUUCUUGGGGUUUGAGAAGUUUUGUAGACGACAAAAUAAUAGAAAGUAUGCGAAUUGCUGGUUUACUAACAAGGGACUACCGAACACGAGAACGAAAGAAACCGGGACAAGCAGGAGCUCGAAGAAAGUUUACUUGGAAGAAACGAUAAUUUCUUACUUUAUAAGUUGUUUUUAAUAAAGAAUCCUAAUCAACUA